AUGGAGCGCCCGCUCAACCUCAGCUGCCUCGCCGAUACGACGCCGGACAGCGCCAACAGGAGCGGGUCCGCUGCCGGCCCCGAGGGCGGCCAGGCCCAUCUCUCCGUCUUCAGCGUGUUGGUCCUCACCCUGUUGGCCAUGCUGGUGGUGGCCACGUUCCUCUGGAACGGGCUGGUCCUGGCCACCAUCCUCCGCGUGCGCAGCUUCCACCGGGUGCCCCACAACCUGGUGGCCUCCAUGGCCGUCUCUGACGUGAUGGUGGCAGCCCUCGUCAUGCCCCUCAGCUUGGUGCACGAGUUGUCCGGGCGGCGGUGGCGGCUKGGCCGGUUGCUGUGCCAGGUGUGGAUCUCCUUCGAUGUGCUGUGCUGCACUGCCAGCAUCUGGAAUGUCACGGCCAUUGCCCUGGACCGCUACUGGUCCAUCACCCGCCACCUGGAGUACACGCUCCGCACCCGGCGCCGCAUCUCCAACAUCAUGAUUGCCCUCACCUGGGCGCUCUCUGCUUUUAUCUCUCUGGCCCCACUGCUCUUUGGCUGGGGAGAGACUUACUCAGAGGGCAGUGAAGAGUGUCAAGUCAGCCAGGAGCCUUCCUACACCAUCUUCUCCACCUUUGGGGCCUUCUACCUGCCCCUCUGCGUGGUGCUCUUUGUGUACUGGAAGAUCUACAAGGCUGCCAAGUUUCGAAUUGGAUCUCRGAAGAGCAACUCCAUCACCCCUGUCACACCAGAAGCAGUGGAGGUAAAAGAAGCUGCCCAGCAGCCACAGAUGGUCUUCACUGUCCGUCGAGCCACUGUUACGUUCCAGACGGACGGAGACACGUGGAGAGAGCAGAAGGAAAAGAAAGCUGCCCUCAUGGUGGGCAUCCUUAUCGGGGUCUUUGUGCUCUGCUGGAUCCCUUUCUUCAUCACAGAGCUCAUCAACCCACUCUGCUCGUGUGACAUCCCACCCCUUUGGAAGAGCAUUUUUCUAUGGCUGGGCUAUUCAAAUUCCUUUUUUAAUCCACUCAUCUACACUGCUUUCAACAAAAACUACAACAAUGCCUUCAGGARCCUAUUCUUUAGGCAGCAGUGAGCAGAUAAAGCUUCCCUGCUGCCCCAGGAAGCUGAUUUCAAGUGUCAAUGAUUCCUACCAAAUUCCUGAGGAAGUUCAAAGUCACAGAUGCUGAGGUGAUGCUGAAACCACGUUCCCGGGGUUGUAAGUCCCAGCAACAGCCCCAGUCCCUGGGCAGGCUCCCCAUCCCUGCCUCUUAGCUGCUCUUUUUCCUGCAAGUAGCAUGYAAGGGCUUCUCCUGCCGGCAGCCUGGCUUCCUCACUCCAGCGCC